AAGAUGAAUAGAGUUUAAUAUUGAUACAAGAUGAACUUGAAUAGUAAUUUUUAAAGCGCAUUCUCACCUGUCUCUCACCAAACUCCAUGGUCUAUCAUCAUAAUCAUCAACAUCAUCAUACUGAUCAUCAUCUUCCUCCCAGUUUCUGUGCUCCAUAACAUCACAAUCUGAAUAGGCACACUUACAUACAAGAAGCUCUUUGAGAGCGUCCAAUUUUCAUUGUCCAAACAACUGUUUCGGUUUUUUUUUGCAUUUUUCACACUCCAAUCAUCAUUAUCAUCAUUCUCAUCUUAAUCAUCAUUCUUCUCUCAUUCACUUAGAUAAUCAGCAAAAUAAAAACAGCGUCUCAAGUGUACAAGAUAUCAAGGGAAAGAAGGGAAAAUCAAAAAUUGGAAAAAUCGGAAAAACUGGAAAACAAAGCCGUUAGAAGCAUCAGCACUUUGUGAUUGUGCGACCAUCAAUUGUUGAACGUUAAUUGCUGCUAAUCAAAUGGUGAACUUUAAUUGAAAAGUCUUGUUCAAGUUUAACCAAAAAACAAAAACCUUUGAACCUCAUCACCAAACAAAAAAGUUAAACCUUUUUAACUCAUCCUUCAACUUUACCCAAAUCAACUUGUUAACCAUUUGUUGUUGUUUUUGUUUUGGGUUAACCAACUGUUUAACACUUUUAACACCCAAUUUUAACACUCUUCACUUUUAAUCAUCUUGGACUUGAUCAAGAUUGGAACAAUCAAUUUAAACUGUAAAUCAUUCAAGUUGAAAAUGUGUUCAACUGCAAGUUGGUCAAAACGGAAAUCCUUUUCUCGUUCAAACCUUUUCAUUUAUUGGAUUACCCUUUCAGUCCUUCUUACUGGUAGUACACUGGGUGAAUCAAUAUCGGAAGACACAAACAUAGCUUUAGAUGAAGUAAACAACAUUUUUCGUCAUAUUUUCCCAAUACUUUCUGAUAAAGGUCGUUAUCCUUGGAAAGACAAUUUGGUUGGACUUCAUUUGUUAUUAAACCAUCAUAACCAUCCUAAUUAUUCACCAACCAACCUGCUAACUCAAUCUAACCCUUUACCCAAUAAUCAAGGCAGUGGCGGUGGUGGUGGUGGAGGUGGCGGGGGAGGUGGAGGAGGAGGCAGUGGUGUUAGAAUUAGUGACAUGAGAGGCAUAUCAACAGAGGAUUUAAUUGCAACUGAUUCACAUCACUCUAAUCCUCAUCAGUAUCAUCACAAUCCAAUUAUUUCAUCUGAUAGAAACAUUGGAAUUGAAUCUCGUUCUCGAAACUCUCAUCCAAUUUUACGAGAUUCAUCAUUGUCAGCAAAUAAUUUUCUGAAUAAAAUGGUGGCUGCUGAGGCUGUUGCUGAAGCAGCAGAAGCAGAAGCUGCAGCAGCAGCAGCGGGCUAUUCUGGGAUUAGUUUGAUUGACCCAUCACGAUCGUCUUCAUCAUUGUCAUCUGCAACUUUUCCAUUAAAAAAUUCAUUGCCAAUCACAGAAUCAAACGGCAAGGAAACAGAUCCUCUUUUAUCACUCACCUCUUCCUCAAAAUUAUCUUCUGCAACUUCGUCAACAUCACCAUCACUUUCUUCAUCUUUUUCAUCUUCUGGAGCCUCCACUUCACCAUUGUCACAAUCCUCUUCAUCCUCAUCGCCAUCAUCGCCAUCAGCUUCAUCUUCGUCAUCAUCUUCGUCGUCAUCAUCACCAUCAUCGCCCUCAUCGUCAUUGCCAUUACUAUAUUUUUACCCUAAUGUUAAAGUUAUUUCUCGGACUCAAUUGGGUGCACCCACUGGAAGAGGUUCAACUCGAUUAUCAAUUCACGGGCGUUCACCAUCUUCAUCAAUUCACCAUCAACCAAUGUCUAAACAGCGUAGAGUUCUUGGUAAAAGUGGACCUGAAUGUAUGAGACGAUGCAUAUCACAAGGAUUACUUCAUCCUGUCCAAUGUCACUCUCUAUGUUGAAACAAUUUAGGAUUAUCUAAUUGGUUCUAUUGAACAAAUCAAGAAAAGUAAAAAAAAAUUGUUAUAAUUUGAGGUAAUUUCCAUAAAAAAUUGCUUCAAACGUGUGUUAAUUUCCUUUGAAAAAUUUUGUUUGAAACCUCUCUAGAGCUCGAGAUUUGUCUGUUAGAAUCAACUGGAUAAUCCUGUAAUCAACUAGAGUGAAAUCAUUUUUUUUGUUGUUCUUUCUUCGUUCAUCUCUUUUUUCCUUUUCUUAUUCUUCUUAUUCUUUUCUUUAAACUCAAGCAUCCUUCAUUCAUUUGCAAAUUAGUGUCAACCUCUGCAAAAAAAUUUUCUUCAAAACAAAUUGUCUCAAUAAAUGUUGAAUAUUUGUUUCUCUAC